AUGCCAGACAAAAAAGGUGACUUAAAAUCCAGAGCAAAGAAGGGUGGCAAAGGAGAAAAAGAGGUGCCAGAGAAAAGCAAAAAUGCAGACAGAAAGGAUCCGAGCAAAGGAAAAUCUGGAGAGAAGCCUGAUCCCAAAAAAGGGAAGGACAACAAAAAAGAAGGAAAAGGUAAAGAGGAGCUUAAAAAGGGGAAAGGUGCGAAGAAAAUGAAAAAGGCUAUAACUAGUGAUGAAUCAGAAGAUGCAUCAGAAGUCGAUAAAAGAGCAGAUGAAAUAGAAGACAGUGAAGAAUUGAGUGAAAUAAAUGAAGAGGCUACUGAGGUGGAUAGUGAUGUGCCAGCAAAGAAAGGGAAAAAGAUUCCAGCCUUGAAAGGUGCAUCUAAGGCCGUGGGUGGUACAAAACAUGAUGGUCAAAAAGGAAAGAAAGCACAGUCUGAGACAGAAGAAACAGAAGACAAUGAAAGUGAGGAUGAAGAUGAAGAAGAAGAUGAAGAAGAAGAUGAGGAAGAAGAUGAGAAACCUAGUAAACAAAUGAAAUUGAAAGGAGCCUCAAAAGCUGUGACAGGCUUUGGCAAAAAGAAAACGCAAGCCACGAAAGACUUUCAUCUAAAGGGGACUUCGAAAGUUGUGAUGGGACUGGCAGCAGAUGGGAAAGCAAAGAAGAAGAAGAAGAAAGAAGAUGCAAAGGCUCAUUUAAAGGGGGCUUCAAAAGCUGUGGGCCUAAAAGCAUUCCAAGGCAAGACAGAAAUGGCCAGCCAGAAAAAAUCUAUAAAACGUAUGAAAAAUGCCUCCAGACUUUUCAUGGGAUUUGGUAAACCCAGACUUAAACCAAAAAGUUCUAACAAACGUAAUUUAAAAAGUACCUCAAAAAUGUUUAUGCGUUUUGGAACUAGCAAAUUUCCAGCUGUAAAAGGCAAGAAAAAGCCUGCAGGAGUCCUGAAGAAUACUUCAAAACUCAUGCUUGGGUUUAAAUCAAGUAUUAAAAAGAAAGAGCCUGUAACAGCUCCUGGAGGUCCAAGAAAGGCUUCAUUCUUAUUGAUCCGAUUGGGCAAUAAAGCUGAAACUACUGAGAAACCUGAAAAAGAAACAGGCAAAAAAGGCUUGGGGAAACUGUUUGGUAAAGCUAAGUUCGGUUUUCAUACCAAGAAGAAAAACACUGAUUCCAAAUUUAGACCGAGUGCUCAGCUCUUAGGGCGAAUGGCCACUGCUUCCAACUGGCUCACCAGGAAAUUUCUGUCCAGAAAGGCUAAGUAUGGAAUACAAACGAGGCGUUCAGUAAAAGGAGUUGGGUCAACAGCUUGGUUUUCUAAAAUUGGAGCUCAGAAGUUACCAUUCCCAUCAGGAGAUGAAAUGCUCCAACAUAGAGCAAACAUGAUGAGAAACUUUAGAGAACGACAUGCAUGGAGCCCUGAACAAUAUGGUUACAGUCAAGAAUAUGAUAGUAGAAGAAGGGUCUACCAAAGGAUGUCACCACAUCAUUCAUGGAAUCAAGGACAGUUUCCCUCAACUGGGUCAUUCCAACAAUACGAUUACUACGAUGAUGAAACAGAAUACUACGAUACACUUACUGAUCAGUAUAACAGUUACUAUGGUGGUGAUGAAGAAGAAUACUAUGACACAUAUACUAGCUAUGAUGAUCCUGAAGAGUAUUAUGAAGAUGAAAUGGCAUAUUAUAAUUACCACAAUAUACCAUCAGAAGAACAGUAUGAUGAUUAUGAAGAUGAACCAGAAUAUUAUGAUGUACCCUUUAGAUAUUCAGCAACAGAUCAGUAUGGCUGUGAUGAUAACGAAAUGGAUUAUUGUGAUUCUCCUAAUAGUUAUGUGCCAUAUGAACCAUAUGAGGACUAUGAAAAUGAAAUGGAUUAUGACAUACCUACUCAAUUUACAUCACCAGACCAGUACAUGUAUUAUGGUGAAGGAAUGGAUUACUAUAAAUCCCCUUAUGCAGAUGCAGGGGAAUUUGGUCCUUAUUCAGAAGAUCCAUAUUCAUCACAACAAUCUGGAUAUGGGUUCAAUUAUAGUGAAUAUGAGGGAUCACCAUAUCUUGAGUCAUCUUAUAGUCGCAUUGGUUAUCCAAUGAGUGAUAUUGAAGAGCAGGAAGAAAUGGACAGUGAACCUGAUUUUCAAACAUACAGCCCUCCCUGGAUGAACCAGCAAGACACACAAAUGAGUCAUCACUUACCAUCUCCAUCAUUUUCUUUGCCUAGACAGUUUAGGCUUUUUCCAAGGCCACAAGUUAAACUAUUUGGACGUGAAAAAGUUGAAGUCUCAAGAUUGCCAAUUCCAUAUUCAAUGUCAACAAACUUGGAAUAUCAUGCAGAGAAUGCAGAAGAAUCAAGCUCAGCUUCUUCAAGUCCAUUUUUGCAGCAAUUUGGCCCCAAUACCCCAUCAUCCCCUCAGUCACCCAUCAGACAAUUUGGUCAUCCCAUGGGACUCCAAAACAGAACUUUCCCAAGAACCUCAUCAAGACAAUUUAGAAGUCCAUUACCUAUGGAAUCCCCAAAACUGAAUACUGGAAUACGAUAUAAUAACCCCCCGCUUACACCCCAAACAUCAAGGAGACCACUUGACAGCCACAUGGUGAGACAUCAGGCACUAUCAUCACAGUUAUCUGCUAAUGAAAUAAGUUAUUCAAUGUCUCCACAACCAUCCAUCAGACAAAUUGGCAGUCUCUCUAGUAAACAAAGUCCAAGGUUACCACAAAGGCCAUUUGGUUUGAAAGUGUCUGAAACUCAAAGGUCACCAUCCCCUAACAAUCAUCCAAACCAAAGGUCACCACAACUAUUAAGACAAGGUAAUUUCAUUUUAUCCUCCCAGUCAUCACCUGGCACUCCUCUGGCAAGGCAAAAGCAAAGAUCAUUCUCACCACACCCAACUUAUAGGCACCUUCAGACUCCAUCAUCUCCACAACCCUCAGUUGGACAUUUAGGCAGAUCUCCCCAGUUAUCUGUGAGGACAUUUAGUCAAAAGAAAACAGCUGCAGAAUUAGCUCCAAACACUGUUUAUCCUUACCUGUUUAAAAACUUUAGCUCCCCUUCAUCUGCAGAAUUUCAAAAUUAUCCUUCACCAAAAGCUUCACUCAGGCAAAAUAGCCCACUGUCCACCCACCGAGCACCUCUACAAAUGUUUGACCGCUCUAGGAAAAGGGAUUCACAAAGAGAAUUUUCACCACCGCCAUCAUUAAGACAACAUAGCCCACCUCCAACACGCUCACCAUUCAAGAUAUUCGGUCGUAAAGCAACAACUUCAGAAAAACGAAGGCCAAUCUCCCCUAAACCAUUUAAACACUUUGGUCACCCUCAUAACAGUGCACCUCAAAAUCCCCCUUCACCACAAUCAUCAUUUAGGCAACGUGGACAAACGUAUACUUCACAGCUGUCUUUUAAUGGUGAAAAAUUCAAAAAGCCACCAUCACCGCAACCAUCUAUAAAGCAAAGACCACCCUCUCCAAAGCAAGGAGCAGGAAUAUUUGGCUUUAAGGCACCAGGGGCAAAUGUCCCCAAACCAGUGUCAGCUAAUCCAUUUCUAAGACAGACUAGUCUGCCUAAAAAUGAAAAGCCACCUUCACCUAGGCAAUCAGUCAAAAGACCAUUUUCACCAAGACCCUCACAAAGCUUUAGAAAAGGUCAGGACAGAGUGUUCCAUAAACAAUCAGUUACUCAACAAACUUUUACACAAGAUGGUAAUCCAUCCCUUAACACAUCAAAACUAAAACACUUUGGCUUUAAAGGAAUAACUUCAGAAUCUCCCAAGCCAGCUUCUGGAAAACCUUUUUUAAAACGGUUUGGUCAUCCAGCAGAAAAUGAGCAACCCAGACAAAAUUCUUGUCAGCAACCAGUAAGCCAGCACAGACUAUCGUCCCCUCAAACAUCACUAAAACAAGCACAUAAUUAUGAAAGUGUAUCCCAGAUGCUGCCCCCUCAACAAAUAUCAAAACCUUUUCUUCGUAGUUCAUUUAUGAAACAUGGCAACUUCCCUAUGGGCUUGGGAUCAGUUGUAAAUCCCUCUUCAGAUACAAAGGAACCCUGGACACCACCAUCAUCACCACCACCAUCACAGCCUGGCCUUGUAAACCGAUAUUCAAAAGGUUUUCAUCACCCAGUGUUUCGAGAAUCGCAAAGGCUAUCUUCUCGAAAACAAUCAAUUGAGCAGGAUAUUGAAACAGAUCAACAAAGCAGUUAUCCUUCCCCAAAGUCAUCAUUUAAAAAUCAAGGACAAUUAGUGAGUGUCAAAGGGUUCCAAAGGCUACCAUGCCAACAACCUUCUCUCAGACAGAAUAGACCUUCAGUGAAACAGAUGAGCUCCCCAUUGGUACCUUCACCAAAACCAAAAUUUAAAAUAUUUGGCCGUAAAACUCAACAAAUAGAUGCUGCAAAAUCAAAUUCUGGAAAGUCAGUGUUAAAACAUUUUCAACAGCUGAAAAGUAGUGAACCUCAACAUUUACCUUCACCUCAAUCAUCAAUAAGGCAGAAAAGUCCUCCUGGGUCACAAAAACAGCCUUCGCCACAGCUAUCGAUGAGAUCAGGGAGGAAGCCAAUGAGUGUAAGGGGAACCUCAAAUCCACCUCCCAUGCAAACUUCAAUACAACACACUGGAUCACCCAUAGGCCCUUUACAUUCACCGUCUGGCAUUCCACAGAUGAAAUCACUAGGCCGUACAAAUAGUGGAACAUACCUUCAAAGGUCACCUUCACCAAAACCAUUAUUUAAACAUCUUGGCCAUAGAGCAGAACAGGCUUCUACCUUGCAACCAUCUCGUGAAGAGGUCAGUGAACCUAUAGGGCAUCAAAGCCCACAAUCUCAAAGGCGACAAGUUAAGAUUCAGAAUUAUUCAGAAAUCCAGACUACUAAUGAACCUCCAGAGUUUGAAUCACAGAGACCUGUCUCACCAAAGUUACCUAGGAAAGGUUCAAAACCAAUGGAUCAACCUGAUGAUGAAGACAGUGUGAUGGGAAGGUAUGCAGUUGUGCUUCCUCGUGUUCACUCAAUACGUUAUCGAGCCUCACCUCCUCCUCGUCACCAUCACCCAAGGUACCAUUGGUCUCAAAGUGAUUCUGGGAGGACAGCCGGAUCUUACUCAGCAAGGAAGGGAUUACAACGUCCGCCAGUGCAAAAUACUUCAAAGCUGUCAGUCUACAGGCAGGAGAAUACAACUGAUCUUCCAGGGCCAGGUCCUAUUCCAAAGGAAAUGCAUUCCCAUGAAUGGGAAGAGGAUUAUGAUAAUCAAAAAGGAAUGUCUUGGUUCAGUAAGAUGUACUCCUUUGGUGAUCAGUCUCCAGUGCAAUAUCAGAAACAUGUGGAAGAAGAAGGAGUGGCAGAUAUGACCCAGCUGGAAGACCUACAUGAUGCUGCAGUGUUGUACAAUUUAAAGAAGAGGUUUGAACAACAUAUUAUAUAUACAUACAUUGGCACCAUCCUUUUAUCUGUGAAUCCAUAUAAAAUGUACAACAUUUACGGGGCUGAUGCAGUGUUGAAAUAUAAAGGAAAAUCAUUUGCAGAAAACCCACCACAUCUCUUUGCCAUUGCUAAUGUGGCCUAUUCAAAAAUGGUUGAUGCCAAACACAAUCAGUGCAUUAUAAUCAGUGGUGAAAGCGGAUCAGGCAAGACUGAAGCCACCAAACUGGUCCUCUGCUAUCUAGCUUCUGUGCACCACACAAAAAAAGACAGUGCAACACAACAGAUCCUUGAAGCCACACCACUUUUGGAAUCCUUUGGAAAUGCCAAAACUGUUCGAAAUGAUAACUCCAGUAGAUUUGGAAAGUACAUUGAAAUAUUUUUGCAAAAUGGGGUGAUAUGUGGUGCCAUAACCUCACAGUAUCUUCUUGAGAAGUCGAGGAUUGUGUUUCAGGCCAAAAAUGAAAGAAAUUACCACAUUUUCUAUGAGAUGCUGGCAGGACUCUCGAGCCAACAGAAGCAAAAGUUCUAUCUUCAGGAAGCUGAAACAUACUACUACCUGAAUCAGGGAGGAAAUUGUGAAAUUUCUGGGAAGGACGAUGGGGAGGAUUUCCACAGGCUGCUCAGCUCAAUGGAGGUGCUCAGUUUUAGUCCAGAUGAACAGAACAGCAUCUUCCGCAUUCUAUCUUCAGUUCUUCACCUUGGGAAUGUCUACUUUGAGAAAUAUGAGACCGACUCACAGGAGACUGCUUCGGUGGUAAGUGCUCGUGAGAUUCGAGUGGUGGCAGAACUGUUACAGAUUUCUCCUGAGGGGCUACAGAAGUCCAUCACAUAUAAAGUGACAGAAACCAUGAGGGAGAAAAUUUUCACUCCUCUAACUGUGGAAAGUGCAGUUGAUGCCAGAGAUGCUGUUGCCAAGAUUCUUUACUCCUUGCUCUUCAGUUGGCUCACUGACAGGAUAAACAAGUUGGUUUCUCCAAAGACAGAAUCCUUGUCCAUAGCAAUUUUAGAUAUUUACGGAUUUGAGGAUUUGUGUGUUAACAGCUUUGAGCAGUUAUGUAUUAAUUAUGCUAAUGAGUACCUACAAUACUUCUUCAAUAAGAUCAUCUUCAAAUUGGAGCAGGAGGAAUAUAUCAGAGAACAGAUCGAUUGGAAGGAAAUUACUUUCAGUGACAACCAGACUUGCCUCGAUCUCAUUUCACAGAGGCCUCAUGGGAUCCUUAGGAUACUGGAUGACCAAAGCACCUUCCCACAGGCAACUGACCACACUUUCCUGCAAAAAUGUCACUAUCACCAUGGCAACAACCCUCUGUACUCAAAGCCAAAGAUGCCUCUGCCUGAAUUCUCCAUUAAACACUAUGCUGGGAAAGUGACAUAUCAAGUCUACAAAUUUAUUGAGAAGAAUCAUGACCAAGUUCGACAAGAUGUCAUGCAGUUGUUUAUCAACAGCAAAAUAAAGAUUCUGACUAGUCUCUUCUCUGGACAAACCAGGAAAGUGAUGUCAACUAGGAACAAUACUAUUAACCGCAGAUACCAGGCUCCCACUACAGCAGCAAAAUUCCAACAGUCUUUGAUGGAACUGGCCGAGAAGAUGGAAAGCUGCAAUCCUUUCUUUGUCCGCUGUAUCAAACCAAACAAUAAAAAGGAGUCCGAACUUUUUGAGGUCGAUGUUGUCAGCUUACAGCUACGCUAUUCCGGAGUUCUAGAAACUAUUCGUAUCAGGAAGGAGGGAUAUCCUGUCCGUAUUACAUUUGAUAAUUUUAUCAAGAGGUACAAAAUCUUAUUGGGAUUGACAAAUCAGAUAAAGGCAGAUGGCGAGAACUGUAUAACCAUCUUGAAACAGAUCGUACCUGUCAGCAAAGGAAUGUACAGCAUCGGGCUCACCAAGCUUUUUCUCAAAGAGAAUUUAUAUCAGGCCUUAGAGAGCAAACGGGAUGGCCUCCUGCUCAUUGCCUCCCUGACCUUACAGCGGUAUGCACGUGGAUUCUUUGCAAGGAAACGUUAUAUAAAACUCCGGAGAACAGCCAUUCAGCUGCAGGCUUUGGCCAGAGGCUAUCUCGCCAGAAAAAAAUUCCAAAAGUUUAAGGAAAGUUUGAUCAAAGUACGAUCUGUUGUCCGCAUGUUUACAAAUCGCAGAAGAUUUCUCAGACUACGAGAACAGAAACGUGAGAGGAUCGAGAUGGAACAAACGAUGAGGGAAGUGGUGAAUGUUGCUCACCUAGACAUUCCUGCUGAGUUGGCCUCCCUACUCCAAGCAGCAGCAGCUGAUAAAGAAAACCAGAAUGAAUGUAUUAUCCAGAGUGAAACUCCAAAGGUCCAAUCACAGGAACAGCUAGUAAUGGCUCUUGAUAUCAAUAACUAUCCUUUUUCCAACUUUGUACGGACUCACUUCAAGAAGCACUUAUUUGGUAUGUUGACCACUCCACUGGAUGAAGCACUGACCCACUCAGAAGAGGAUUUGAAAGAAGAAGCUGUUAUGGUCUUCAAACUGGUAAUGAGAUUCAUGGGUGAUCCUCAACUCAAUGGCGCUCAAGAAAUCCUCUUUGGUGAUUACAUAGCGCAGAUUGGACUAGCUAACCCCAAUCUGAGAGAUGAAAUCCUUGCUCAACUAGCCAAUCAGGUGUGGAGAAAUGCCAAUGAAAAGAAUGCAGAAAGGGGCUGGCUAUUAUUCGCUACUUGCCUCAGUUGUUUCGCUCCUUCUUCCAGGAUGGACAAGUACCUGUUAAAGUUUGUUUCAGAUCAUGCCUAUGAUGGGUUUAAAUCUGUGUGUCAGCACAAGCUCAUGCAGGCAAUGCAAAAGGCCAGGUAUGGUGCAGAUGGAGCCAGAAGCUACCCACCAUGUCUGCUGGAGUGGGCAGGCAACAAGAGGAAGGGCAACAUUGCUUUAAAUGUCUCCUGCUUUGAUGGUGUGAGCUUUCUGUGUCCAGUGAAUUCAUGGACGACAGGAGAGGAAUUGGGGCAAGAUAUUCUGCGUUACAGGGGUGUGACAGAAGGCUGGCGAGGUUGGUCAGUGGCAAGGAAGAGUAAAGGUGAAUGGGCCGAGCUUGGAGGCCAUGACUAUGCAAUGGACCUUGUGUCUGACCUGGAACUCAUGACAGAUUUCCCAAGGCAGAAAUCCUACUUCAUAAUUUCCUCGGAGGAAAAGUCAAGAAACCAGAAGAACAAAAAUGUCAGUGUCUUUGGCCAUGGUUUCGACUCCGAUGACGAUAUUCCCUCCCCUCCCGUCACACAGGCCCCCACCUUUAUGCCAAACUCAGCUGGACACAUACCAGGAUCCACUGGACAAGAUUCCAAUGCCCUCAAUGAAAACCGCUCUCAAAAAGGACUUGAUCGCUAUCUUGAUAGCCUGUUUGAUCCUGUUUUAUCACAUGAAAAUGGGGAUUUGGAGCGAUCUUCCAUCGUGUCAGCUCGAAUGAAGGGAGGUGGGAAAGUAGGAGCCGGCAAUGGAUUUGAGACACAGCAAAAUUCUGAGAGACCUACAGACAUCCCUGGAGCCCAUCAAGGCUAUGACCCUUCACAAUUGAAUGCCCAGCAGCAAGAUUUCAUUAACCACCAAGCCUACCUCCUGGCCCAGCAAAUGACCCUGCAGGCCAUGAGCCUUCAAAAUCAAAUGACUAGUGCCAGCCCAUCCCUCACCAGCCUCAACCAUGAUCCUACUGUUGCCAUGAAAGCCACCAAUAGCACCCAGACUGCACCAGCUACAGCACCCAAACCAAAAGUGGCCUUCCCUCGUCAGACUAAUGCUGCCAACAAAGACCCAACCCAGCUGCUGACUCCCCAUGAUGCUGCCAAAGGGAAGCCACCUGUCAACAGACCCAGUGCUGCUGAAACCCCAAAACCCAAAGUUACAAUACAAGGUCCUGUGUGUCACACCACACUUAAUUCGGAGCACUUUCCAGAGCCAACACACAACAUCAAGGAUAUCAUCAGACAAUAUGAACAACCAUCAACUCAGAAGAAAACUGGGCUAAUCAGAAAAGAAGGUGGUAAAAUAUUUGCCAAGAAAAUGGACCCUCAUGAAGAGGCAAUGUUUAUCUUGCAACGACAGAUAAUACCACAUGUCUCCCAGAAGCCAGCACCUGCACCGUCAAGGGAUAAAAAUUCCAAAGAAGCCGUUGCCAUGGUGAAGCCUGUCAGUGGCGUGACACAGAAGAGCAGCACCCGACCAGUGCCAGCUGUCUCUGCCAGGCACCCUGUGUUCUCGGGAGCAUCAAUUUCCCGAGAGCUGACAGGAGAAGAUGAGAGGAUCCAGACACAGCUCCAUGGGCAGCCCACUGAAGGGUACUAUACCUACAGCAAAAUGCCCUGCGACCUCUGUAUCCGCAAAGAGGUGUUUUAUCCCAAGGAGAAUUUCCACAGCCCGGUGAUACUGGAUCUUAUUUUCAGACAGAUUGUGAGUGACACGUUCUCUGAAACCUGUGUGCGACUGAACAAAGAGGAGCAGAUGAAGAUGAAAUCAUUACUAGAUGAAAACAAGAUUCAAUCCUCAACUUUGGUAAAGGAUGAAGCUGUCGAGAGGAAGAUUGUAAUGGCUGCCAAAGAAGCUUGGGAUGUUUAUUUCUGCCGUCUGUUCCCUGCCUCUGGCAGUGUGGGUACUGGAGUUCAGAUUUUGGGAGUGUCCCAUAAAGGAAUCUAUCUAUUAAAACUAGUGAGAGCCAGCAGCACAGCAGCAGAAAACCUGAGGGUCCUCAGGAGCUACAGCUACUCGGACAUCUUAUUCGUCACCAUCCCUUCUGAGAACAUGCUAGACUUCAACCUCAUCAAUGAAAAGCUGAUUCUGUUUUCCUCCAAGGCUCCACAAGUUAAGAGUAUGAUUGAUUACUUCAUCACUGAACUGAAGAAGGAUUCUAACUAUGUAAUAGCAGUGAAGAGUCACAUCACAAAUAACAGCUCCUACCUACGAUUCCACAAGGGUGACAUCAUUCGUCUGCAACCGAUGGAUGGUCUCGAGGAAGACUAUUGCUACGGUUGUAUAGUCAGGAAGAAGGUCAUAUACCUCGAGGAGCAAAAGAAAUAUAUUCCUGAUUUUGGGUGGAAGUUUGGAGCAUUCCAUGGCAGGUCUGGGCUAUUCCCCGUAGAAUAUGUGCAGCCUGUGGCUGCCCCAGACUUUAUUCACCUAAGCAUGGACAAGAAAGAAGAACCAAUCGACAAAAAGGGCAAAGUGGCAGCUUCAGCCUCAGCCACCGUGGCAGCUGCUGUGGGAUCGACAGCAGCAGCUGAAGAACUGGACAGAAAGUCAGAGGCCUCUCCACCACUCAGUGAGCUUAUAGAGAGUAUGCCUGAAUAUGUCCUUCAGGAUAACCAGUACACCAUGACUGAAUUUGCCAAGAAAUACUUCCGUCAGCCCCACAAGUUAAAAAGUGAGGUCACCAAAGAGAAAUCUAAAAAAGGCAGAGAUCCCAAAGACUCAGCUGAGCUGGUGAAGUUUACAAAGACUCCAAUCCAAGAGUCCCUGAUUGAGUUCUCUGAUGAGAAUUUGAACAAGAUAGCAGCUGAGAUCUUCAUUGCUGUCAUGAAAUUUAUGGGGGACCAUCCACUCAAAGGGCAGACAGAACAAGACACUGUCUAUAGUAUUCUUAAGCUGUGUGGGGAACAUGAAGUAAUGAAAGAUGAAACCUACUGCCAGAUUAUCAAACAGAUCACUGACAACACCAGCUCAAAACCUGAUAGUGCUCCACGAGGCUGGAGGCUGCUCUAUAUCCUCACUGCCUAUUACAAGUGUUCAGAAGUGUUCAAGCCGUACCUCUUUAAGUUAUUGGAGUCUGUGUGCAGGAUUCCUGGUGCCAGUUUUCAAGGAAUUGCUAAAGCUUGUGACCACAAUCUGAAGAAAACCUUCCAGUUUGGUGGCAGGACCCAGUUUCCGGAUGGCAUGGAGCUCAAAGCCAUGGUGGCUGGGAGAAGCUCCAAACGACAAAUGUUCUUGUUGCCUGGUAACAUGGAGAAACAUCUGAAGAUAAAAACCUGCACAGUUGCAAUUGAUGUGAUUGAAGAGUUUUGCAAUGAAAUGGGGCUUCAAAACUCGGAGGCUGCAGAUGAAUAUUCUAUAUUUGUUAUCACCGACAAAGGACAAAAUGUGCAUCCACUCAAAAAGAAAGAUUACAUCCUUGAUGUAAUUACGGAAAUGGAACAAGUUGAUCAAAACUUCAUCUUCUGUUUCCGACGUGUGCUCUGGUUUCAACCGCUAAAGUUUGAGAAUGAGCUGUGUGUGACUGUGCAUUAUAAUCAGGUUGUUCCAGAUUACUUGAAAGGACUCUUCCAUGUACUGAAUCAGGAUUUGAUGAGUGAGAGUCAGCUCCAACAAGUGUCAAAGUUGGCAGCUCUGCAACAAAGGGCAAAGGACAGUCUGUAUCUGCCUACCAUUCGUGAGGUGCAAGAUUGCAUUCCUCCACAGAUUUACCAGCAUCAACGGCCACAGUCCUGGUUGAACAUGGUGACAGAGAAUAUCCAAUAUGUUCAGCCCCUCAGCUCUCACCAAGCCAAAGCCCAGUUCCUUGGGCUUGUGAGUGCAUUCCCCAUGUUUGGAUCCUCAUUCUUCUACAUCCAGAGCAGCAGCAACAGUGCAAUUACUGCCCCUUGUAUUCUGGCUGUCAACCAGAAUGGACUCAAUUUCCUCAACAACGAGACACAUGAGCUGAUGGUCAAUUUCCUAUUGAAAGAGGUACAAUCCACCCUGACUCAACAAUCAGGCCCUAGCAAUAGCUAUCCAUAUGUAGAGAUUAAACUGGGAGAUUUAACGUCCCAAAGGAUAACACAACUUCAGCUUGAUCAGGCUUUGGAAAUGUGUCGUGUCACAGCCAUGCAUGUGGAGUCCAUGCUGCUGGCUCGAGAGAAGAGGCUGACCCUCCCACCGAGUGAGAUUACCUUGCUGUGA